AUGCCUACAUUUUUUCCAUUUGACGACACAGCUCCCGGUUUAAAUUUCACGUCAUGUGAUCGACCCUCCUUUAACCGGAUCAUCGAAGAUUCAGAUUGCGAAUUUUCAAGGAUUUCAACUUUUAGGAGACAACAACGUCGAUUGCAACAACGACCAAAUGAACAAAUUAGUGGUAACGUUCAUACAGCCAACGAUCUUAGAUCUGGAAAUCUCUAA